AUGGGCGUGCCCGGGAAGCGCAUGCGCCUCGGCACCAAGAGCUGCGCCGAGUGCCGACGACGCAAGGUCCGGUGCAUCGUCCGGCCGGGGCAGGACCGGUGCGACGCCUGCCGCGCGCAUGGCAGCAGCUGCGUUCCGCAGGAGAAGCAGCCCCGGGACGACGACGCCUCCCCGCCGACGUCGUGGGGGAGCGACGACGUCGCCGCGCUCAAGAAGAGGCUGGACGAGCUGGAGGCUCUAAUGAGGGGCCUCCCGGGAGACAUGCUUUCCCACAGCGUCCACGGGGCUGAGCCCGCCGCUGGGCUCACCGACGGAAGCACCGCAGCGGCCGUGUCAGACUCGCCGCCUUCUGCCGGGGCUUUCCAGCAGCAAGACAGCCUCACCUUUCCAUCGUUAAUCAGCACGACGCAAAUCAGCCCCGCGCUUCAGAACUCGCCCUUGCUCGGCCUCUUCAACGCGUCCUCCAUCUUCGACCCCGUCGAGUUCGCAGACGACGCACCGCCGCCGCUCACCCCGAGCGCCUCGUCGCGGCUGCGACGAUGCCUCGCCGACUUCGCCCCGUUCUUGCCGCGCCCGGAGCGCGUCGCCGCCUUCUUCGCCGCGACGCAACAGCACUGGCCCGUCUGGCCUCCGUACUUCCACGGGUCCGGCGACGCCGACCGGCUCGCGCCGGGCCAGGUCCCCUUGGCGGAGCGCACCUUUCACGGCGCGCUCGUCUCCGGCCGGCCCGGCCAGACGGCCAAGGCGGUCCUCUUCCUCGCGCUGUGCAUCCAGCAGACGCCGAAGCACCUGCUGCCGCUGCCGCCGUCGGUGCGCCAGCGGGACCUGGUGGACACGUACGCCGAGACGGCGCGGGAGCUGCUGCAGCUGGACGAGGACGAGGGCACGCUGGACGGCGUGGAGGCGAUGAACAUGCUGCACAAGCUGUCCCGCCGCGCUGGUGCUGGCGUUGUUGGGCGAUGGGGGGCAGGGGCAGGGGCAGGGGCAGGGGCAGGGGGGGGAGGAGGAGUUGGUGAGGGAGACGGCGAUGUGUCUGCGGCGGACGGCAAAGGUGAUGGAGUGCCGCGUGGCGGAGCAGGCGGUGCGCGCGCUGGAGGCGCUGGAGGCGGCGCGGCGAGGGGCGUACAUGGCGGAGGAGGACUACGAGGUGGUGGUGCCGUACUUUGGCAGGAUACGGAUCAGCAAGGAGGUUGGUCUCCGGCCGGGGUGGGGGCGGGUGAAGCCGGCGGACGGCGAGCCGGCGGCGGCGUCGGCGGCGGCGGCGGCGGCGGAGUGCUUCAACACGAUCGAGUUGAGCACGACUGA